GCUUCAAUUCAGUUUGAAAGCGUUAGCGGACCACCAAACUGUUCUUCCACACUCCACACACACAAAUUAAAUCUCAAAGAUGUCCUACAAAGUAGAAGCGUUGCCCGACUCUUAUGCCGGCCUGGGCGAAGGCCCCCACUGGGAUGUGGCACGCCAGAGCCUGUACUACGUGGAUCUGGAGGUGGGCGUCAUCCACCGCUACGACUACAAGCAGAACAAGGUGUACAAGGCACAGAUACAGGGCGAGGAGUUUGCCUCCUUCAUUCUGCCCAUCGAGAACAGACCGCAGGAGUUUGCCGUUGGCUGCAAUCGCCGCUGUGUCGUCGUCCAGUGGGAUGGUGUCGCUCCAGUGGCCAAGGUCCUGCGCACCCUGUUCGAGGUGCAGCCGGGUCUGGUCGAUAAUCGCAUCAACGAUGCCAAGACCGAUCCCCGGGGACGCUUUUAUGGUGGCACCAUGUGCUGCACCGGCGACAUUUUCACUCAGUUUAAGGGCGAGCUCUACGACUGGCAGGCCGGCGGUCAGGUGAGGAAGAUCAAGGGCGAGGUGGGCAUCUCCAAUGGCCUGGCCUGGGACGAGAAGGCCAAGAAGUUCUACUUCAUUGACACCAACACGCACGAGGUCCACGCUUACGACUACAAUGUGGAAACGGGCGCUGUGGCCAAUCCCAAGGUCGUCUUCGAUCUGCGCAAGAUCCGUCCCAAUACUCCGCUCUACCCCGAUGGCAUGACCGUCGAUACCGAGGGCAACAUCUAUGUGGCGACUUUCAACGGUGGCUCCGUCUUCAAGGUGAACCCAAGCUCUGGCAAGAUCCUGCUGGAGAUCAAAAUUCCCACCACCCAGAUCACCUCCGUGGCCUUUGGUGGCCCCCAGCUGGACAUUCUCUAUGUGACGACAGCCAACAAGUUCGAUCAGCCCGUUCCCGCUGGCACCACCUACAAGGUGACCGGCCUCAAUGCCAAGGGCUAUCCCGGUGUCCCCUUGAAGGUUUAGAUUAGAUUGAAGUUUUGUAUAUAAAUCGAGCUCAAUUAAA